AUGAUUAAGAUGUUUAAUUGUUGGGAAGUUAUUGCAUGGACGGAGAUUGUGCGUGGACAGAAAGAUCUGUGUAUAGAGGUCUUCUCCAGCACCUGGUUUGAUAAGAUAAACAACAUAUACUGGUGGCCUAAGUCAAAGGAGAUACACAAACUAGCUGAAAACCACACCCAGGUUCCCAAGGGUGAGAGAUCACCGAUUACAAAUUUCAAAGUAAAACUGACAACUCAAAAUUUCCAGGAAGCCCUGGACUUUGUAAGUAACCCUUCAAAUUGUACUUUAAUGGAGGAAACCCUAACAACUGAGGACGAGGAGGAUGAAAACGAAAACGAGCAUGGAGAUGAAUUUGAUGAAAAUGAAGAGACUGACGAAGAAAACAUUAUGGAAGAGGAAAAGGAACCAGAACAGGACAGAGGAAAAAAGGAAAGGAAGGAAGGUAAGAAACCAAUAUUUGACCAUUUUAACAUCACCCCCAGAGAAUUAAACCUGGAGCAGGAUGGAUGA